AUGUCGGCAAGGUGGUCGUUGAGCUCGCCGGCACCCAUGACGGUCGUCACCACCCUGACGGCCGACAACUUUCGAGUUCCGGACGAAUUGUUCUUUUACGGGGUCAUGGGGCUUCCGCCGAACCCCCCCUCGCCGUACCUGCGUCUAUGCCAUUCCGCGCAGUUCCCGCCGUCUACUCUCCCCCCCGGCUCGAUCCUCCUUAACAGGGGUAUCGACGGCUCGAUGUUGAAGCCGAAGCGUGCCACCGCCGCCGCCCUCAGCGUCCGAUGGCUCGAUAUCGAGCUGGAGGAGGAGGAGGAGACCCGCAGGCGCGAGCGGGACGCCAGGCUGGCGGCGGAGGAGGAAAAGGCCCGCAGGGGCGAGCGGGACGCCAUGUUGAGCGCUGGUGGCGGCGGCGGAGCCACGGAGGGGGUCUCUUCGUGGGCGGUCCACCCGGAGGCUGCGGCGAUGGAGGGGGCCCCCCGCCGCUGGGAGAGCACCAGGGCGAGGCUGGCCCGGGAGGCCCGCGAAGCGGCUGCGGCGGCCGAAGCGGCUGCUCCCGCCGCCCCCGCCGCCGAGGAGGAGGAGGAGGAGGGUGCCGCCGGCGGUGAGGAGGAGGAAGAGCAGGAGAGUGCCUCGUCGGCGAUCCAGCCGGAGGCUAUGGCGGUGUAG